GAGAAAUGAGACUUUUUGCUCUGCCUUCAUAUUGACGUAUUCCUGAUCUUUGUGCAAUUUCAUCCUCAACGUUAAAGGAACUCUUCCAUCUAGUGAUGUUCUGAUAAUUGUUUGUUUGUAACUUAUUCUUCACGAAAAUAUCGAGAAAACGAGAGAGUUAAACGCUUGAAAUCGGAUACCUGUGUACUUCUUCUUCACAAGCUGAAUCUUGAUUGCAAUAUCCGAAAACAUAUAUACGACGAGUACCCAAUUCUCGAAAAUCUCAAAUUUCUUCCUUCGACUCGGUGUUACACACAUCUUUCAACAACAUCACAUACAUAAAUAAUCAACAUGUUUACGACGAGAAUAUUAUCUCUCCUUGCGAUAGCGACGAGUGCGUUGGUGCAGGCACAUACGGUGAUUACAUAUCCAGGAUGGAGAGGAGAUAAUUUGAUUACGAAUGAGACUUUUCCUUAUGGAAUGCAAUGGAUGUAUCCUUGUGAGUAGACUUUUCUUUUCUAAAUUUGGAGCUUUCUGCUUGGAUUUAGAUUUGGGUUUGUGAGGGAUUUGGUGUAUUGGAUUUGCGUAGAUGGAUGGUUCGUUUUCAAAGCUAUUCAUAUACCCAGUUCUUUCAUCCAUCCACAUCUCCUACCUUCCCUUCUCCUUUUCCCUUUAACCUUCCUCCCUCUCUCUUCCUACCCCUUCAACCUUCGCCCUCUCACUAACCCACUCAGGCGGCGGCAUGCCAACCACCACCAACCGAACCCUCUGGCCUAUCAAAGGAGGCGCUAUCGCCGUUCAACCCGGUUGGUUCCAAGGCCACGCCACAGCCUUUUUCUACAUGAACCUCGGAUUUGGUACUGAUGGCCCCGACAAUGGUCCUCAAAACAUGUCAUUCCCAAUGAUAUCCGUCAUGCAAAUCGUAGGCCCUAGCAAGAAUCCCUACCCAGGAACAUUUUGUCUGCCGCAGGUACCGUUGCCAGCUAAUACGACGGUUAACGUGGGAGAUAAUGCAACGAUUCAAGUGGUGGAGACAGCAAUUCACGGAGCGGCUCUUUAUUCGGUAUGGAACCCUUCCUUAUUUCCUUCUUACUCACACUCUUCCCCAUCCCCUUCCCCUUCCCCAACCACCAAAAACUCAAAACCAAAACCACAAAAAUCUAACACACCCCCAAAGUGCGUAGACAUAACCUUCGCAGACCCCAAAGACGUAGCCGAAGUAAAUAGUUCCAACUGUUUCAAUUCCUCCGACAUCUCCUUCGCAAACGUCUACACCAUCAACGACGCAUCAGCACCAGGCACAGCUCGCGCAUCUGCUACAUCGGGUACAUCUGGCGCAUCGCCUAGUCGAUCUAUGUGGGCGGGAAGUUUGGUCGCGGUAUUGGGAACGGUUAUGUGGGUUGUGCUGUGAGCAGCUGAAAUGGAAGAGAGAUUUUGGGCGGGGAUCUCAGGACAUUAGGAAGGAGGGGGGUUGGGUAUGAUGUAGAUAUGCUAUGGUAUGCUACGCUAUGUUAUGAUACGAUAGGUCUUAUGAUGUGGAUGAAAUAUACGAAAUGGGUGGGAUAAUUUACAGAUCAGAUCAGAUAGGUCGGAUCGAAUGGGAUAGGAUAGGAUCAGAUCAAAUUGCAUGGUAUAGCGAGAUUUUAAAACUUCAAGUAAAGAAAGAGCUAAUUAAUAAGAGGAAUAUAAACACCACUAACUUACGA